GAGGACAAAGUGUUUGUUGUGGGCUCUCCGCGACAGAGCGGAGGGCGUGUGGAUCUUGCUGGGGACAGACCAGUGGACAGGACAGAGGACAGGACAGGAAGGGCCGUCAGGGAGGCCCCAGGAGCUCCUCCCUGGCAGGACUCAAAACUGGUGAAGUUUGGGGAGCUUAUUGAUCUCCCGUCGUUCUAUUGAGAAACAACCAGCUCUAUUUCCAUGGAGACCAAGGACUCUGACCACUUGGAAAAGCCCCAGAAAAAAUCAGCGGAUGGCCCCUGGGAACUUGCUAAUGAACCAGCCAAGGUGAGACCUGAGUUACUCUCAGAAGAAGAGAAAAUGCCCCAGGCCGACCUGAUCCAAGACAAAGAACCCCGUUACCACAACCUAAUUCAGAGAAACUCCAUCUUCAAUCGCACCGUGAGACGCAGAAGCAAAGGCAAAGCCAGAGACACUCCCAAGUCAAACGCUGGGCACCUGGCAGAUUCACCGGAAAAUGGAAAAUCUGUAAAAGAGCUCCCGGCCUUGAAUUUCUCGCAGAGCAGAACGCCCCUUUGGCCAAUAGAAACUCAGACGGACCCAGGAGCCAAGAGAACGAGUGAGUCACCCUCCACCCCGGGAAAUGGGGCCACGCCCGAGGAGUGCCCAGCGCUGGCCGACAGCCCCACCACACUCACGGAGGCCCUGCAGAUGAUCCACCCCAUUCCCGCCGACUCCUGGAGGAACCUCAUCGAACAAAUAGGGCUCCUAUAUCAGGAAUACCGAGAUAAAUCAACUCUCCAGGAAAUUGAAACCAGGAGGCAACAGGAUGCAGAAAUACAAGCCGAUGACCUCCGCUCCCCGUCCAGCGAGGAGACUCCUGAGGAGGAGGAAGAGGAGGAGCAGGAGGAGCUGGCAAGCCCACCUGAGAGGAGGGCUCUGCCCCAGAUCUGCCUGCUCAGCAACCCGCACUCCAGGUUUAACCUCUGGCAAGACCUCCCGGAGAUUCAGAGCAGCGGAGUGCUGGACAUCCUCCAGCCCGAAGAGAUUAAACUGCAGGAGGCCAUGUUCGAGCUGGUCACCUCUGAAGCUUCCUACUACAAAAGCCUGAACCUGCUCGUGUCCCACUUCAUGGAGAACGAGCGGCUGAAGAAGAUCCUGCACCCGUCUGAGGCGCACAUCCUCUUCUCCAACGUCCUGGAUGUCAUGGCCGUCAGCCAACGGUUCCUCCUGGAGCUGGAGCGCCGGAUGGAGGAGAACAUUGUCAUCUCGGACGUGUGUGACAUCGUGUACCAUUAUGCGGCCAACCACUUCUCGGUCUACAUCACUUACGUCAGCAACCAGACCUACCAGGAGAGGACCUACAAGCAGCUGCUCCAGGAGAAGGCGGCCUUUCGGGAACUGAUCGCGCAGCUGGAGCUCGACCCCAAGUGCAGGGGACUGCCUCUCUCCUCCUUCCUCAUCCUGCCUUUCCAGAGGAUCACACGCCUCAAGCUUCUGGUGCAGAACAUCCUGAAGAGGGUAGAGGAGAGGUCUGAGCGUGAAUGCACCGCCUUGGAUGCCCACAAGGAACUGGAACUGGUGGUAAAAGCAUGCAACGAGGGCGUCAGGAAAAUGAGCCGCACGGAGCAGAUGAUCAGCAUCCAGAAGAAGAUGGAGUUUAAGAUCAAGUCGGUGCCCAUCAUCUCCCACUCCCGCUGGCUGCUGAAGCAGGGCGAGCUGCAGCAGAUGUCCGGCCCCAAGACCUCCCGAACCCUGCGGACCAAGAAGCUCUUCCAGGAAAUUUACCUCUUCCUCUUCAACGACCUGCUGGUGAUCUGCCGGCAGAUCCCUGGAGACAAGUACCAGGUGUUUGACUCGGCCCCUCGAGGCCUGCUCCGCGUGGAGGAGCUCGAGGACCAGGGCCAGACGCUGGCCAACGUGUUCAUUCUGCGGCUGCUCGAGAACGCAGACGACCGGGAGGCCACCUACAUGCUGAAGGCGUCCUCUCAGAGUGAGAUGAAGCGCUGGAUGACCUCCCUGGCCCCCAACCGGAGAACGAAGUUUGUUUCCUUCACGUCCCGGCUGCUGGACUGCCCCCAGGUCCAGUGCGUGCACCCGUACGUGGCCCAGCAGCCAGAUGAGCUGACACUGGAGCUGGCGGACAUCCUUAACAUCCUGGACAAGACGGAAGACGGGUGGAUCUUUGGUGAGCGUCUGCAUGACCAGGAGAGAGGCUGGUUCCCCAGCAACAUGACUGAGGAGAUCUUGAAUCCCAAGAUUCGGUCCCAAAACCUCAAGGAAUGUUUCCGCGUGCACAAGAUGGAUGACCCUCAGCGCAGUCAGAAUAAGGACCGCAGGAAGCUGGGCAGCCGAAAUCGGCAGUGACACCCCUCCCCCAGCCCCCAGUCCAGCAGGGGGUGUGGGUAGGCAGGUGGGAGCUGGGCCUGGCAGGCAAACGCACUGACCGUGGAGGGGCGCUGGGGGAAGGUGACCUGUGCAGGAGUCACCCUGACCCCUCAUCCCGGCCACGUGGUGAAUGCUCACAUGUCUUGGCCCCCUGCUUGCAAACUGGAAAAAAAGGGUGCCCACAUCUUUCCUCUGAUGCAUUUGUAAAUGAGAAAUGUAUUUUAAACAGUAUUACACCACCUCUCCCUCUUGUCUCUUAGAGGGGGUGGAAGGGGACUGGCAUGCUCCAGGGGCCUCCCCCCAGCACUGGAAGAAGCCCCAGACCCAGGGUGUCCCUGGCCCAGGGCAGGUGCGAAGGUGAUGAUUGUCACGAACCCCUGCACGUGUCCUUCUCUACCCUGGAAGCCAUUAGAAUCCACCAGGCAUGCAGAUGGACUGCCCUUGCCUGAUGAGCUUGAUGAGCGGCCCUGGGUCUCCAAUUUACAAGACUGAGAGACCAACUGCCUCUGUCUGCCUCUCCCAGCCUCUGGCUGCACGGCCAGACCCUGCCUCGUGGCAGGCCUACCAGAGCUUGGCAGAGGGCCCGUGCCGCCUCUGGCUCCCUGAUGGGCUGGAUGUAACGUGUCUUCUGGCCCCUUAAGGAGCCCAGGUAUUGUAAGGAAUGAACUAGUCACUGCAUCCUGAUCAGUUGUGGUUCCAAGAAAAGCAAAUACCAUGUUUUGGCUGCAUUAAAAGAAGCAUCAUGUAUAAAAUAAA